AUGCCGAAGCGGACCAGAGCAGAAGUUGCUGCCGCGAACCGAGAAGGAGAGGAGAGAGAGCAAGAGAACGACGAGGAGAACACAUCCCAGCGCGACGAAAAUGCGAACAUCAAAACUUUCACGAUUCCCUUCAAAAAAGAUAAAACCAUCUCCUGCGAAACAAGAGAAUACUCUCCAUCGACAUCUCAAUCCCUAAUUUUUACUCACGGCGCUGGAGGUGGUCUUGAAAGUGCCGCAAUGCGCUCUUUCGCCGCUGGAUUCUCUCGACAUGGCCGCAUAACGAGUUUUCAGGGAAACAUGAACCUCAGUAGCAGAGUUGGGAUGUUUCAAACAGUUGUCUCUCAUCACCAAGAAAAGCACGAAAAUGAUCCAUUGGUGCUAGGAGGUCGAAGCAUGGGUGCUCGAGCAGCUGUUCUCGCAGCUCUGGAACUUAUCUCUGAAGGAGUCGAAGUCCAGGCUUUGGUUCUGGUUAGCUAUCCAUUGACUGCUUCGAAAAACGGAAAGCAGGAGAGGGAGUUUGAGAGACGAGAGAAGAUUCUAUUGGAUCUUCCUGAAAGUUUGCAUGUUCUGUUCGUUUGUGGGACUAAGGAUGUUCAAUGUGAUCUUGAGGCUUUGGAGGAAGUGAGAAAUGAGAUGAGGGCAAAUAGUUGGAUGGUAGAGGUGAGAGAUGCGGAUCACGGAAUGGGUGUUGUACUCAAGGCUGGGACGCGAGCUGUUGGAGAGAUGACUGGUGAGGUCGCGGCGAGGUGGCUGGCGGAAAGGGAUCGGGAGAAGCGGGUUUGUGAGAUUCAUUGGGAUAAGGAGGAGGAGAAGGCUUGUCAGGAGUCAUGGCGGAAUUGUGUCGUCGACAAAGGGGACAAGGCGGACGUAAAUGAGAAGAAGAUGAAGACUGGUUGA